AUGGCUCCCAAUCCGCAACCCUGUAUUAUUUGUGGCGGGUCUGUGGCAAGAUUAUGGUCGAUACAUAGUCAUGUUGGAGAUCGUUAUCUUAGAAUAAAUCCUAGUUACAAUAUCACCGGAGGAAUGAAGGUGGAUUUUGGAGGUGUAGUGAACCUUGAAAAUGCCAGUACCGAUGUUGAUGGUGAGUAUAAAGGAAAAAGAAUGCGAGCAACAAAAUUACUACAACGACCAAUGGAAAGUCGUCGGUCGUUUCAACAUAUUUCGGUUUUUCAUCGGUUAAAAAUGAUUAAAUCUCGGUAUAGAGCAGUAGAGAUUACCCGAUCCGAGAGUUGGAUAACCACGCGAUAACUAUCAACCAAUCAGAGACGAAUUCUUAAUUAUCUAGAACCUUGCCAUUGAUGGGCCCCUGUCUUCGCAAAUUCCCAUCGUUUCGUCAACCAAUAACAACUCAAGAAUUUUGAUAUUUGAAAAUAAUUUUGAAAACAUUCGCGUAAGCCAGCUACAAAAUUUAAAUCUUUCUGAUUUAUCAACUCUAAAGCACACAUUCUUCAGAAAUGGAUGCUUUCAUCAAGCCGAUUUACUUUCACGUUCACUUGUAUUUGAUAUUUUCAAUUUUUCAUGACGACACUCCUUCGACGGCCAUGUUUAUUAGACUUGCACUAGAAUUGAAAUACGUGCAUGCAACAACCCCUCGCCUAUAUUUUCCAAACCUUGUUUCAACAUGAAGUAUUCGUAAUUACGCUAACACAGAACGCAGGCUCGCGUUGACACAUCAUGUUAGCCAUGGCAGCACGAUAAUGGUUUUUUUUUAAUUUUGUGCAUAAAACUGCAAAAGAAUAAAUGAAAUUUGAAAAUACAGAACUAUCAAUUUCUAAAAUAUAUAAAGUAGGUAUAUUAUUUUGCUUUCUAUGGGCUUCUUUUUAAUGUACAAUUCAACACGAAACUCUUCGUAAAACGUUUUUAAAUGUGAAUUGAAAUUAACUGCUUUUUUGCAGAUAAACUCUUCAACUUGAGCUUCAACUUACUACUCGCACUUUGAAAUGAAAUAAAUUUAAUUCAAACAGGACGCUAAUGAAAAUAAUUUGCUUUUCUUUUCAUCAUCAACUUAUACUUUAGGAUUUCUCAUACUAAAUCAAUUCUUAAUGUUAACGUUUAAAAAUUGAAAAAAGGUUUUACAAUUUGUUAUGUGAAACGAUUUUCCAAGCUCUCUUACAUGUUUCUUAUAUAUAUUUGCGGUUUUGCCUCCGUCACACUCCUGGCAAUUCAAACAGUGAAACAGCCAUAUUUUGAGAUCAGUGAGAUGUGCACCCAUACACCAUGCACCCGCGAUUAUUGAUAAACUUUAGACUUCGGUAAUGCUUUCCUUUCCCAGGGUGCAAAUAUCCUGGCGGAACUAGUUCCCUCGCCCCGGGCUUACGAACGGAACGGCGCUCCGCGCCGUUGGCUCGGGGAUAAAUUAUGAAUUUACAAAAUAUGCGUUUACGUCAUGCAUGUACAUUUGCCCCAUAUAUGUGGACAUCGCUUGACGAGAAAUUUGAGAUAACUGCAUAGUUCACACACAACGGUGUAGCGGACUGGAACACAGACUACUGUUAAACUAUCGAACUAUAAUUAAUUAAUGCAUAAGUAAAACACAAAGGAAAUCAUAAUAUCGUUGUCUUGAUACCACUGUAAAAAACGUCGCAUCAACUAACUCACAAUCGCAUUGAAUUUAAAGUCAAGCCCAUUUGAGAAGCAAUUAUAAAACCCUCGAAAAGUUAUCUUUUACCCGUGUACAAAUGAAAAUAAGUGAAAAUUUUUGCUAGCGCCUCAUUUUUCACAACAUCUACAUCAUUUACACGCCAGUAUAAACCUUAAAGCCUUUCUCGUUUAUUUUAUAUUACUCAAAAUCAUGAGCCAUAUACUGAUUAAUAACUUUUUAACACUUAAGUGUUUUUAUUGUAGCGUUAGUUCAGUUCAAAGACGUCUCUUCCGGGUUUCCAGAUUUUGAAACGAGAGUGAUAAUUACCUUUUAUCACGACAAUUCAAAGUAUCAUUUAAAGGCUCAGGGUGUCAACGAUGAACUACUUGCAAUUGUAAGUUUCAUUGCAAUACAAUACUUCGAUAAUUUAGUUAUACCGUAUAUAUCUCUCUGGUAAUGCAAAAGCGUUACAAUGCAUUUCAAGCAAUUCCCCUCCCCCUCCCCAUUCAAUGUUGUUUACCCAAUCCAGAAUGCAUUAUUGCACACAAGAGUAAUAUGCUAAGUGAGACCCAAUAUUUAACGGUGUUGAUUACAUUUUUUCAAAAGUUGGCGCAUCUGUCCCAAUACAUUUGAAAAUUAUUGUAGACAGAGGUCAUCACAGAACCAGAGUAAACCAAAAUAUUUUGAUGAUAAUACAAUUAUGUAUAUUUGCAGAGUGAAGCUGAGGCUGCCAAUCUUACGGACAAAAGUGAUGUGUUUUCACCAGUAAGAUUAAACUAUGAGCAUCAUCUAUUCUUCAUCUUUGAGUCAGUCAAGUAUCGCGACUACUAUUUGGCAACGAACGGAGCGGGUAAAACAAAACUUGUGAACACUCAUAGUGUCGCAUACAGAGAUUCAGAAACUUUGAUAAAGCUUAUUGACCCAG